AUGAUACUACCUACAAUUGAUAUAACCAAUCAAUCUUUUUCAGAUGAAAAACUUUCAAAUCUCAUAAAGUCAUUAAAUUUGAUAGGAGAGAUUAUUCUUCGUGUCCCUAAUGUUAGUGAAACAAGUGCAUUAUCCAAAUUCCUUGAAUCUUUUCCGUUGGAUAGAUAUUGGAUAUUUCCUAUACAAGAUGUAGGUUCUAAUGAUAUUGAAGACAUAAUCCAUCUCCUGGACAUGGGAGCUCAAAAAGUUGUCAUCCCUUCUUCACAAAUUCUAGCAGGUGGCAAUAUUUCCGAGUUACCCGCAGACAGAAUAAUUGCGAAUUUAAAUUCGCGUGAUAUAUCAAGUACAAACGUCGAAGAGUUGAUAGAAAACCUGUCUAUAUCAUCCUCAGGAUAUUUAGUUACUAUUUCUAAUGACGAAACCGUUUCUAAGGUUGUAAGAUCGAUACCUGAGAAACUCCUGAAGGACUUCAGCAAUUUCACUCGAAUUGCACAAAACAAGAUACUUUCAUCAGGUGGUGUUUCAAAAGUAGGACUUAUUUUGCAUCCAGAGAAUUUUUAUAUAUCAUCACUAGAAUUUGUAAAGCAACUCUCGGAAUUUUCAGCUGAAUUGGUGGUCUCCAUUGAUCAACUCACAUUGGACGAAAAUGUUAAUGGCUUACUAAAUAUUGCGGACGCCUUUAAUUGUUCGCUUAAAUCAGAUAGACCUGAUGGAUUAAUCGUAACUGUUGUGGUAGAUGAAGGAGGUGUGGCAAUGGGUGUAGUUUAUUCAUCCACGGAGAGCGUGCGUGAAGCUCUUAAGACUAGGAAAGGUGUUUAUCAAAGUAGAAAAAGAGGAUUAUGGUAUAAAGGAGCUACAUCGGGAUCGGUUCAAGAGUUAAAAGCAAUUCAAGUAGAUUGUGAUGGAGAUUCUCUGCGUUUUGUAGUAAAACAACACGGAACUGGAUUUUGUCAUUUAAAUACUCGUACUUGCUUUGGAGCAGAUCAUGGUCUCACAGCACUUGAAGGAACACUUCAAAGCCGUAAAGUAUCUUCUCCACCAGAAUCAUACACGCAACGACUAUUCCAAAAUCCAGAUUUACUCCGUUCGAAGAUUAUGGAGGAGGCAGAUGAAUUAUGUUCCGCAAGCACGAAAGAAGAAAUUGCUUGGGAAACUGCGGACUUGUUCUAUUUUGCCCUUGUAAAAUGUAUUGCAAAUGGUGUAUCCCUGGCUGAUGUGGAAUUGCAACUUGAUCAGCGUGCGAAGAAAAUAACUCGAAGACCUGGUAAUGCAAAACCUAAAUGGGAUGAAUCUAUAAAGAGUUCAAAUGAAAAAGAAUCACCACCACCAAAAACCGAUUACAUGGUUCCCACAAUUAUGACCAGUAAAGAAGAAUUUAUCAAAAUGCAAAAGUUUUCAUUAUUUGAGAUUAGUAGAGCACAAAGAAUUUCCCUUCUUCAACGACCAAUAAUUAAAUCUGAUGAUAUUAUUGCUAAAGUGCGACCAAUUAUAGAAGAUGUUCGUAAGAGAGGGGAUGCUGCUCUUAUCGAAUAUACAGCAAAAUUUGAUGGAGUUCAGUUAAAAGAACCUGUAAUUUCUGCACCCUUCCUUCCUGAAUCCAUGGAACUUGAUGAAGCCACUCGCCACGCUAUUGACCAAGCUUUUGACAACAUAUAUAAAUUUCACGAUGCACAAUAUGAUCGUUCUACAUUGGUUAUUGAAACAAUGCCUGGUGUGACUUGUUCUCGUUUUAGUCGUCCCAUUGAGCGCGUGGGUCUUUAUGUACCUGGUGGUACUGCGAUUCUGCCAUCCACAGCUCUUAUGUUAGGUAUCCCUGCUAAAGUUGCAGGAUGCAAAGAGAUUGUCAUUGCAAGUCCACCACGAAAAGAUGGGACGGUUGUACCUGAAGUAAUGUAUGUUGCGCAUAAGGUUGGGGCAUCAAAAGUUGUAUUGGCUGGUGGUGCUCAGGCAAUUGCAGCAUUGGCUUAUGGUACUGAUACUGUUCCGAAAGUUGACAAGAUAUGCGGUCCUGGAAAUCAAUAUGUCACUGCUGCUAAAAUGUUGGCCCAAAAUGAUAGUUCGGCUAUGGUAUCUAUCGAUAUGCCAGCAGGACCUUCUGAACUUUUGGUUAUAGCUGAUAAUACAAGUAUUCCUGCGUACGUCGCAUCGGAUUUGUUAUCACAAGCUGAACAUGGUACAGAUUCUCAAGUCGUAUUGGUUGGUGUGUCCCUUACUUCAGAACAUCUUUCGAAUAUCGAACGCGAAAUUCAUGAACAGGCUAGCUGUUUGCCAAGAGUAGACAUAGUACGUGAAUCAAUUCCAAAGAGCUUCAUAUUAGAAGUAAGCAAUAUGGACGAAGCUAUAAAAUUUGCGAAUGAUUAUGCACCCGAACAUUUAAUUUUGCACAUUGAAGAUGCCGAAAGUUUGGUAGAAAAAGUUCAAAAUGCGGGUAGUGUUUUCGUUGGUGCUUACUCGCCUGAAAGCUGUGGUGAUUAUGCUUCGGGUACAAACCAUACUCUUCCUACAUAUGGAUACGCGCGAAUGUAUUCAGGUGUCAAUACCCUUACGUUCUUAAAACAUAUCACAGCACAAAAGUUGACAAAAGAAGGGUUGAAGAAUUUAGGACAUGUCGUUAUGAGAUUGGCUGAAAUAGAAGAAUUGGAAGCCCAUCGUAAUGCUGUUCAUGUUAGAAUUCGAGAUUUAGAAAAUGAAUGA